AUGCAGCGACUGAGCGGCUCGGGGCUGAGCCACCGGCUCCUGGCCAAGACGUACCUGGCGCCUGGCCAAGUACGAUAUAGGCAUUUUGGCCGUCGCAAGUGGUUGGCCAACAGCUCCUGGGCUUUGUCCCGAAAAGAAUUCCCUACGUUCGAGGCCUCGACUCUUCUACUAGACCUGGAUGCCGAGGACAGCAAGUUCGUGCGAGCCUACGAUGGGGAGCUGGAUGGCGUGCCCGAACCUGGACUGGCACUGAAGGAGCGCCAGACGCAUCCGGUCAGGGAACGCAUUGCAGAUUUCGAAAAGAACUAUGCAGCCGACGAAGCCGCUUACGCAACGAAUGCGAGCUGCAAAUUCUCCCCGUGGCACAUUUCCGACCACGAUGUCCUUUCCGUUGCCCUUCUCAACACACCUACCAAACCUACCACGGUUGCGUCUGAGAAGACGCCGCAGAUUCCUCGCAGUCUGUACUACGACCAGACGAUAGGUUCGAUACUCGACAAAAACGGGAUACCGAAGAUGGUGCGGGAGAGCGCUUCCAAAACCAUUCCUUAUAUGAUGCGUCGCCAAUGGCCACCUCUGCGGCUGUCGGUAGUUUCCGGCGACGAAAAGCUAUUUGCGGAUGCUUUAAGGAGCUGUCAGGAGUUUGCGGAAAUCGAGAGGCUCGUUGCCAAUGUCAUGCAAACACCUCAGGGUUGUCAACUCGUGUCCGACUCUGGUAGCGCGCUGAUGUCAGUCUGCAACGAGAUCGCCAAUGAUAUCGCACCUUCAGCUAUACUCUCGUUUUUGACCAGUCUGACUUUGAGCCUUCACCAUGGGCGCUACACCGUGCCUCCUGAGCUCCUCGAAGGCGGCUUGGAAGCUUCAUUACAAUGUUCCGCUUUCGCAACAACCCAGACAUAUCUGAGACUCUCGGCCCAGGCUGGAAUAGAACUCUCGAAGGGGAAGUCCGCCUACAUCAUUUCGAUAGUCAAGGCGUCAAUAUCCUCCUUUGAGCCCAGAAACACCCAGUCCAUGAUAGGUCACCACAACGCAGAUCGACUUCUGGCGGUUUUCCGUCUUCUGACAAGCCAUUAUUUGGGUGCUAGAUCGAAAACUUUCUCUGGCCCUGGACUUUGGGAAUAUGUCAGCUGUCUUGCUCAGUUAGGAGCCUUCCGCACGAUGUGGCACGAUUUUCAAAGACGGCGGAUCAGCAAGACCGGUCACAUCAGCAUAGGACACCAUGCUACCGCUCAAACCCCUAUUGUUGAGGCUUACAUGGACGCCAUACACGAGGCUUGCCGGACGAGUAAUGGUGUCGCAAACUUCAUCAGCUCACCAGACUUCAUGAUUGCGUCUGGGGAGUAUGAGGAAGACUGCCGGCUCGACAUGGAAGAUAUUCGCAAAUCAGCCGACAUGCUUGCGAUGCAGGGAACCGGAAGCAGCUUGGCAAACGGCUUCAAGAGAGCACCAAAUGUGCAGGAGCAGAUGAUGGCAAUCUUGAGCAAAAGACCGAUUCGGGGGGCUUUGCUGGAUCUGCAAGCCUUUUUGGUCAAUAAGCAAGCUUCGCUCUUAUGA